AUGUCUCUGAAAUUGUUUUCACUCAGACAUCUUUUAAAUAAACCUAUUAUUUCGAAUCAAACAACAUUGUACCACAAAAAUGUUAUACAUAACCUAACAAAUUUUAGUACAUCAUCUAUUGCUUGUGUGAAUUUUUUUAACAAAUUACCUGCUGAGAAGUUAUGGAAAUCUGUUACCUCUGUGAGUAACGCUGGAGCUAAAAAAGGUCGUGGUAAGGGUGCAGGGCGUAUAAGAAUUCGUGAUUUAAAUCGCGGGCAAGUAAUUGGUGUGGGAAGAAUCAAUAUGCUAUGGCCUGGACUGUCGGCACCAGUAAUAAGGGGUAGAGAAUUAUUGAAACAGCAACGACUACCGGAUGAUCCUGAGAGAAUGGAAAAAUUGAUUAAAUUGCGUGAUUCUAUGACAAAGUUUAGAAGGUUAAAACUUAGCCCUAUUGAAAGAGGUUGGUCGGGUGCAAGGAUGCCUGGUAGAAGCAUUGGUCCACCUGACCCAAUUGGAGAUGAAGAAUUUACUGGGUUUGACACUAAAGUGCUUCAACUACGAUCAUUGCUCAUAAUGAAAGGCACAUUGGGCCGAACUAGGAAUUACCAAGCAAUGGUUGUAACUGGAAAUGGACAAGGCCUUGCAGGUUUUGGUUUUGGAAAAGCCAAAGAAGCCGCAGCUGCACUGAGGAAGGCGAAAAAUAGGGCUGGAAAGAAAUUAAUGCAUUUUAAUAUUUAUAAUGGGCAUACAAUUUUCCAUGAUUUCUUCACUGCAUUUGGAAAAUCAAAGAUAUUUGUUCAAAAGAAGAAUGAGGGUUAUGGCUUAUGUUGCCAUCGAGCACUUAAAGAAAUCUGUCAAGCCAUUGGCAUUAAAGACCUCAGAGCCAAAGUAGAAGGAGCCAACAAUCUGCAGCACAUUGUCAAAGCUUUCUUUAUAGGUCUUUUACAGCAGAGAACACACCAACAGCUAGCCGAAGAGAAAAAACUACAUCUUGUAGAGUACAGGGCUGAGAAUGAAUAUUAUCCUACUGUAGUAGCCAGUCCAAGUGUAGUCAGGACCAAGGAAGAAAUACCUAAGGAUGAAACACUGGACUUCAUUCAAUAUGUUAUGAAUGACAAGGUCAUUUUGAAAAAGAAGAAGUUCCCAAGGUUCUAUGAGACUAUGCCCCACUAUGAUAUUUUCCUUAAGAAAUUUGAGAGGUAUAGGAAUCACGAAAAAAUCCGCUUGAACCUUAAAGUGGAAUAUGGCGAAGUCAAGAGUUUCCUUAACGACAAAUAUCCUGAAGAGAAAGUUGAAAGUGAAACAUAG